GUGUUUAGUCACAGCAGCCCCGAUCCUGAAAUACUAUGACGUGACCAAGCCGGUCACUAUCCAGAGUGAUGCGAGCCAGAAGGGGCUUGGCUGCUGUCUCCUGCAGGGGGGUCAGCCAGUUGGGUAUGCAUCGCGAGCACUGACGCAGACAGAACAGAACUAUGCGCAAAUCGAAAAGGAGUGUUUGAGUAUAGUGUUUGCAUGCCAGAGGUUUCGCUAUUAUUUGUAUGGGCGAGGGGAGAUCGUAGCAGAAACAGACCACAAGCCACUCAUCUCAAUAUUCAAUAAGCCCCUCCUCGCAGCACCAAAACGGCUGCAGAGCAUGUUGCUCACACUCCAGGACUACAACCUAAAGGUAGUGUACAAGCCAGGGCCAGACAUGCACAUCAGUGACACAUUGAGCAGAGCCACAGCCCCAGCACAGAGAACUGAUGUGAGAUACACAAAGCACACAGUUUGUAGCCUGCAGAGGGAGCAAGAGAACAUUGAACAGAUCAAUCAGGCUGAUUAUCUGAAUGUCACAAGCCAGCGCCUGACUCAAAUCAGACAGCACACAGAGGGGGAUGAAAGUCUCCGGAUAUUGAGGGCAGUGGUGCUUCGUGGCUGGCCAGAUCGGCGGGAGGACACUCCCCUGGCGAUCAGAGAAUACUGGUCAGUCCGGGAUGAGAUCAGUGCACAAGAUGGAGUGCUCUUUAAAAGCCAGCCGGUCAUAGUUCCACGGUCAUUACGCGCAGAAAUGUUGAAACGCAUCCACGCCAGCCACUUGGGAGGAGAUGCCUGCUACAGACAGGCCAGAGACACGCUGUACUGGCCUAACAUGCCCAGUGAAGUUAAGGACUAUGUGAGCCAGUGCUCAGCGUGCAAUUAAUACUCACAUGAGCCGCAGCGAGAGACAAUGAUGUCACACACACUUCCUACGCGCCCAUGGCAGAUUCUCAGCAUGGAUUUAUUCAGACAAGCAGGCAAUAACUUUCUGCUCAUGGUUGACCAUUACUCAGACUUUUGGGAGAUAGAGCUUCUCCCAGAUCUCUCAGCGGAGACCACAGUGUUGAGGUGCAAAGCCCAAUUUGCACGGCACGGGCAGCCUGACCGGGUGAUUACAGACUGUGGUUCUCAGUUCGACUGUGAAACAUUCAGGAAGUUUGCAAGAGAAUGGGACUUCGACCAUGUCAUGUCUUCACCCAGACACCCAAAAUCGAAUGGGAAGGCUGAGUCGGCUGUGAAGAUAGUAAAAAACUUGUGCAAGAAGGCAGCCAGCGCAGGGAAUGACCCGUGGAUAGCCAUCUUACAGUGGAGGAACACGCCCACAGAGGGCAUGCUCAGCAGUCCAGCACAAAGACUGCUGUCUCGGAGGCUGAAGACUCCACUCCCAGUCGCGGACUCGCUCUUGGAGCCGAGCGUGGUCACUGGGGUUCCGGAGAAGCUGCGGGCAAAACACCAGACAGCCAAGCUCUGGUAUGACAGGUCAGCCAGAGAUCUGCCCGAGCUGUGUAUCGGCCAAGAUAUCAGGAUGAAGCCUCUGCCUGGGGACAGGACCGGCAGGUGGAGGAGAGGGGUGUGCCUGCAGCAGGUGGGCCCCAGAUCGUACUUGGUGGAUGUGGAGGGGACAUUCUACAGGCGUAAUCGGGUGGACCUGCGGCCAGCAGAGCAGGAAGCGAUCAGACACCACCCUGAGCAACACAGCAUGCAGGAUGGCAGCGCGCCUGACACAACACGACAACACGGCAGUCCCCAUGACAACACAACGCACGAGAAUGCAGACAGUGUCACGAGCGCUCAGGAAGUCAGACCGCUGAGGAGUGAGAUGCACCAGCCCGCAGGCGACCCACCGCCCACAGCAGGGCAUAGGACGACCAGUGGCAGGCUGGUGAAAGCGCCGAACAGACUAGAUUCAUAGACUGGACGUUAAUGUUUUAUUACUGUGUGGAACGGGCUGGUUAUUGGUUUAUUAUUGUUGUUGAAAAAAAAAAAAAAAAAAGGGGCGAAUUGGAUUUGAAAUUGAAUUUGCGAUUUGUGUAAUUUGUGAAUUCGAAGUAACAUUGAUAAUUUGUAAAAGGGUUACAUUCAGUUAUGAUGUAGAGUUAUCAUCUAGAAAAGGGGAGAUGUUAUAAUGGACUGGAGUGCUGAACCCCCCCGUUAGAGUUGGUAUGUUCCCAGCAGCAACCAGGAAGUGUCAGUGUGUUUAUGUCCCCGCUUGAAGUUCUAAUACAGAUUCACAACAGAUACAAGCUACCGUCUGCGGUUUCAUUAUUUACACAAACAGUUACUUUACAGCUUGCACCGCGAUCUUUGGACUUUCUUUCCGCACUUUCUGGAGUCCAAAGACAGAUUGGGUCUCGGCGUGCUCCCGAAUCAAGAUCAUCUGAUGCUGUUUGAAACUCCAAAAAAGUAGUAUUUGCGCUCACAUUUGCGCAACAAAUUUUUAUUUAUUGCAUAUUUGAUGAUGUUCCGGACCUUUGCUUCAGGCUGAAUCAUGGAAAUCAGGACUUCUACAAAGGGGUGAAAUCUGUGUGAAUACAUGGACAUCUAUCAAGCACACAGUAAAGUAUUAUAUGCUAAAUUAACUGUGAUCGAAUGCAUUUUACUUUGUACAUGUGACGGUUAGGGUUGAACUCUGUCCUUAAGGCCCUUAACCCUGCUUUGCUCCAGGGGAGGAUUGUUUCCUGCUGUAUCAACUGUAUGUGGCUCUGGAUAAGAGUGUCUGCUAAAUGCCAAUAAUUUAAUGUAAUGUUGAAGUUAAAUUAAUCCUGCUUUUUUUUUAUUGUGCACAGGAAUAUGCUUUAAAUGAAAGGAAAAUCUGAUAUGUGGUAUUUGUGGAUGUGGAUGCCUUCCAAGCAGUUAUGGGGUCUUCCCCAGCUUGCCUCCAAAAAAUCAUCAGACCCUACACCCCUGCCAGACCUCUUUGUUCAGCCUCCACAAGCCGCUUGGCGCCUCCCCCUCUCCAAACUUCCACCUCAUGCUCACGACUACUGUCUGUUCUGGCUCCACGGUGGUGGAAUGAACUCCCCGUUGAGGUCAGAACUGUAGAAUCUUUCCCCACCUUCAAGCGCAAAGUGAAGACCUCUUCAAGCAGCACCUCUCCCCGUCCCUCCCUACCUCCCUGUGAACCUUAAUUGUUGUCUUUCUGUGAUUUACGUUUUUGUGUGUUGGUAUUUUUAGUUUGGCUAGGCAAGCAGUGUUUGUCUAGUUAGGUUUGGUCACUUUUGCUUUGUUGUUUGUUUGUUUAUUUGUUCAUAAAAAAAUUAUAAAAAUAAAAAAUUCAAAUAGGCCCUGGUCCUUAUCUUUGUUGUACAGGUAGCAGUUGAAAUUGUACUUCCCUCUAGGGCCUUUCAGCACACUUAUCCCUGGUUAUGAGUAUGCACUUUGUUGUACGUCGCUCUGGAUAAGAGUGUCUGCCAAAUGCCAUUAAUGUAAUGUAAAGAAUGUAACAUUUGUCAUUUCACAGAUGCUAUAUUCUCUUGAGACUUGGAAAUGUAUUUUUGUCCCCCUAGGCAGGGCUAGAUAAAGACCCCUGUUGGACCCCCCCACCCCGCCUCUCUCUCUCUCUAAAUUAUUACUUCAAAAUAAAUGCUUAGUUUCCAUCAAUCCUGCAUGCAUAACGGUCACCCUGAUGUAGAUCCAGGCUACAGGGGACAUGAGUCUCUGGUAUUAAUGUCAAGAACCAUAUAUUCAUUUUUUUGCCAGGUCUCAGGAUGAUAUACCCAUCUUUCUGAAUGUGCUAUCAUAGCCAGAGAAAUUAAUUACUGCAGAUAGCAGAUAUACACUCAGUGAGUACUUUAUUCGGUUGACCUGUACACCAGCUUGUUAAUACAAAUAUUAAAUCAGCCAAUCAUAUGGCAGCAACUAAAUGCAGAAAAACAUGAAGACAUGGUCAAAAGGUUCAGCUGUUUUUCAGACCAAAUGUCAGAAUGGGGAAGAAAUGUGAUCUAAGUGACUUUGACUGUGGAAUGAUUGUUGGUGCCAGAAAGGGUGAUUUGAGUAUCUCAGAAACUGCUGAUCUCUUGAGUCUGCAGAGAAUGAUACAAAAAAUGUAUACCUUGUUCAUGAGAGAGGUCAGAGGAGAAUGGCCAGACUGGUCAAAGCUGAUGGGAAGGUGACAGUAACCCAAAUAACCACACAUUACAGUGGUAUGCAGAAGAGCAUCUUUGAACACACAAAGCGACAAAUCUCUUAAGUGGAUAGGUUACAGCAGCAGAAGACAUAUAAGUCUAAUGAAUAUCUAAUAAAGUGCUAACUGAGUGUAUAUUUCAAGAUAUUUUCACUGCACCAUGUUUUGUCAGCCAUGACUGCUGUAUUAUGUAAAACAAAUUUUAAAACCUUUUUUUUUUCCUGCCAGCUGAGGAGGACAUACACCCAUCUUUCUAAAUGUGCAAUCAUACCCUCAGAUACAUUCAGAUGGUAGAUGUUCAAUUGAAAGUGUCGUGUCUAGGAAACGACAGUCCAAAUCUUCAAUUUGUCGAAAAACAUCUUUGCGAGGGAAAAGACAACACCACGGCAGCAAGAUCUUCAGGAAAAUCAGACUUUAUUAGCACACAUGCAUAAAGCCGGAUCAGCUCUCCAGAACUGAACCCCGACUGUCAUUUUUACACCCAUUUUAUACACAGUUACUCCACCUACAACUCCUCCUCAAACCUCAUUCUGGCAAAUCACCCACACUGUUCUUAUCGUAACUCCUCCCAAUGCUCCUCCCACAACGUCAUUGUGGCAAAUUGCCAACGGUCCUUAUGCUCUGCCAACUCUGUACAAAGUUCAGGACUCCCCCUGUCCUCACUUCACCCCGCACCUGCUCUUGGCAAACUACCAGACCUCAUAAAGUUCUGGAUGCCCCCCCUCUAACACACACAUCAUCCAUACAUGUCACUCUGUAUCUUUCGCUUUUAUAAGACGAACUAAGCAGCAGUAAUCAUUGAAAAUAUACAGACAAACUAAACAUUUCAUUAAUAUUCACUUCUAAUAUACUUCUCUAAUAUACAGACAUACUAAACAUUUGAUUAAUUAUUCUCUUCUAAGGGAGUAAAUGUACGUUUCAUUCUUUGCAUUCUUUGCUCUCAUUUCAACAGUUUUCACUGGUUUCUUGCUUCUAAGCUCAGCUAUAAUUAAUGUUCUAGGUCAAAUAGAUACACUCCUGGCAUAAAACAUUGAGAGUCCCGGAGAAAUCAGCUGUAAAGAUAUCUCGCUUUGCCCGUGUCCUUGACAGUUUGAGACGCCCCCCCCCCCCCCCCCAGCUGGCUGCUGUGUAAUUCUAGCACAAUUUAGCAGUUCAUCAGUUUGAAACUAUACAAGGUACAUAUCUUACUUUAAUACAGAUAUAUUGAUAAACUUUAAGCACACAUCGUCGAGAGUUUUGGAGGAACCAGCCUGCUCACUAAGGUGGAGUCAGAUUUUUACUUGUGAUUGUUUAUCGUGCUUUUAGGAGGGAGAUCUUUUGUUCUGUGAAUUUUCCCCUACAAAAGCAGAAAUAACUAAAUUGUUUUUGAGUUUUAUUUGUAAUAUUGUAUGUGCUGCAGGUAUAUCUGUUGCUCCUGUUCUGUGACCUCUCCUAUUGCUGUGGAAGUGCAGAAUAUUCCAUUAAUGGAGAGUGCUGUCCGAUGUGCUCACCUGGGGAGCAUGUUUAUAAGCACUGCACAGAAUACACAAGCACCUCCUGUAUACCAUGCACUGCCGGAUCAUUCAUGGCGGUGCCAAAUGGUCUUCUUCAUUGUAUCACUUGUACAGUCUGUGACCCAGGUGAGAAAUGAUUCUGUUUCUAUAUUCUGUUUUUACUUGAUGGGUGACAGGUUGGUAGUGUGAUAAAAAGGGUCUUUAUUCUCCGUUCAGGUCUUGGUUUAAAGACAGACAGGGAGUGCAGUCCCACCUCUGAUGCAGUGUGUGGGCCUCUGGAUCAGCACUACUGCAUUGAGACAGAUCAUAAGAAGGGCUGCAGAUUAGCACAGAGACACAGUAUCUGCAGGCCUGGGACAUUCAUCAGACGCAAUGCGAUUUGGCAGAUCAUCCAGAGCAACGUACAAUAAAGUGCAGAUCAGAACCAUGGACAAGUGCAUUAAAGACCCAAGAGGAAAGUACAGUUCCAAGUCCUAGAGUGAUCACUUAGAUUAAACUUGAACCCUUGAAAAGUACAUCAACCUUCAAAGUAGCAUACCAUGGUUGGCAGCUAGAAUACCCUGAAUACUAAAAUAUAUUAUACAUGAGUGCAAUUAUAACCUAUAGCAUACAUGUGGCGGAUUACUGCUUAUUUUAUUCAUUGCUAUAAAGUAAUUAAAACAGCAAAUACAUAAAAACAUUUUGGAAUGUUUCCUAUGAUUCCUUCCAUAUGCCUUUCAUCAAAUCAGUUCAGCUCCAUGCAUGUCUUUUGAGUAAAUAUUUUAGGCACGUGUCACCCUCCCAGACAGCUAGCUCAUAGGCCAAGUAUAGAGAAAUAUAUAUAUCUAUCUUUUAAAAAAAACAGAUUAAACGGUUGAAACAGAUUGUCCUGUACCCUGCGCAGUGUAGAUUGGUGCAUUGUUUACCCCAUCUUCUGUCGGGGUAUGGUGUAGUUCCUCUCAUUUCUGAGCAUUUAGCAGAGGCCACUCGCUGCACGAUCUGCUUCUGUUAAUGCAGGUUGGGCUUUGUGCAUGUUAAUGCUCAGUUUAAAUGUGCGUUGUGUGGGAAAUGUUCUUCUUUUGUUUAUAGCCUUUUCUGUUUUGCAAAAUUAGCUCACUUAACUGCACAGUCUACUUUUCUGAAAACGUCUUUAGAAGAUUUUAAAUGUCUUAACAUGCCUUCCAAUAUUUACUUGCACAGGAACACCAUUGACCAAUACUGAUUGCGAAGAAUGUCAUGACAAAACGUUUUCAAAUAAAUCUUCUUUGCCAUUCUGCAAACCACACACAGAUUGCCAAUCCUUGGGACUUCAGGAAAUUACAGCUGGAACAAACACAUCAGACCGUGUAUGUCGACCAAGAAAUUAUCCUCGUUCCAGAGUUGCUGCGCUUGUGCCUGUGGUGCUUGUAGUAGUGCUGUCACCUGUCAUAGGAAUUUUCAUUUCAAAACAGGAAAGGGAAAGCAGAGAAAACAAAAUGGAGGGAUAGAACAGCCACAGGAUGAAGGUAAGGGAAUGCACAUCAUUGUGGGGGCGAUCACAAUGCUGAUAUGAAUACCAUUAGAUGGGCUGUGUGUAGCCUGGACUGCAUCUGUUAGUCUGCAUCUGUUCGUCUGUUCUGCCAGGUUAGAGCCAUUCUGUUCAUUUACAUUAUAAUGAGGGGUAGUUUCAGUUAAUGUAUUAUCUUGUCAAUUAAUCACCACUGUAAAGACAAACCAAAAACUGGAACAAAGCAAAAGCACAUCAGUGAAUGUGGACCAAGAUAUGUUCAUGUUCUCAUAGUUACUGUGGCUGUACUGCUUGUAUUAGAAGUAUCAGUUGUGACUUUAAGAACCAUUCUCAUUUGAAGUAAUUUACCAUUCUAUCUGAUGAGAUGUUAUAGUUUAAAGUUGACAGUUAUCUAUAUUCUGUGAACAGAAAUCCGCAUAUUUACACAAGAGAUAUGAGUGGUAAGCAUACUAGAUUUUAAAGAAUUAAACAAGGACAUAAAAAAAAGUAAAGUAAUGUUACAUGCUAAAGUUAUUCUGAAAGAACAUGGUAUGUGGGAAACCUUUCACAUUAUGUGCCUACAUAAAUACAUUUCAAGUGCAGAAUUGGCUUAAUGCUAUAAUCUUAAUCUAAAUAAUUCUGGUGUCACUCCUGGUGUUGAUGAAUUUGAUACUUUUACGGUUAAUCCACUUUUCUAGGAAACAGAAAGAAAAGACCUGUUAAACCAGCCGCAGGAUGAAGGACAGCCAGUUCAUUCCAGCAUGCAGGCGAGAGGCAGGAAUGCAUCCUGGACAGGUUACCAGUCCAUUGCAGAGGACGCUAACAUUCACGCCUCCGCUGAUUCCUUGGACAUGGAGGAAACAUCGAAACCUACUCCAGAAAGAAAGAUUUCAGCUGGGAUUUGAACCUAUGACCUUCUUGCUGUGCCGUCUGCAAUCCAUAACAUACAAUCAGCAGUUGAGCUCUUAACUCCAGCAAAACAGAAUGUUAUACUGAACAUGACCAACCAGUUGACAAAGAUGCUUUCAAGGCAAUUUUUUUGUCACUUGAUGCCGCCUUACUAGCUGGAGGAGAAGCAAUUGACACAAUUGCUAGUCAAUGGAAUCAUUACACCUGCAUGACCUGAAAGAGACAAUCUUGUAGCAGUCAGAGAUAAAAAAGUGUAGGAUAAAUAAAUAUACAAUCCUGGCCUUGUGAUGCUGGGUAUGAGUGAAAGGUCAUAAAAUCAGACUUCUUCACAUCCUACUAAAUUGGUGUUGAACUCCAAAAGACGAAGCUGACUGUGCUCAGAACAGUGAUGAAAAAUCAGCCAGAACUCCCCAAAGAGCUUCUGAAUACACAGGUCAGAGCUGUGAAUUCCUCCAAAUAUGCAUUCUCUGAAAGUACCAUUAUCCUGGUCCUUGUUUUGAGCACAAUAAAUAAAGAUGCAUCUCUGAGCACAAGACUGGAUAAAAAGGUGCAAAUCAUCUUGAACUACAGCUAAGCAAAGGAGAGGUUGACAUCCAUGAUUAGGCACCCAAAUUGACUUAUUUUAAGUGCUUGUGACUGCUACACAGAACCGAUUAAACCUGAAAGCAUUACGAGUUCAUGCCUUUGUUUCUCAGUUAAAUUUACUGAUGUUUCGCAGUUGUUUUUUGUUGCAUCUUUGCUGUUAUUGAAAUAAUUUGGUAUUUUGACUCCUUCCAAUUGUACCUCAAUAAGUUUUCUCCAACUCACCACCAGCAUGUCGGACAGAGACACUCAGUGAAAAGUUGUGUGGCAGGCACAUGUUUCAGAGGAGAAACGCCAGCAGCAGGUUCUGUAUAUGACGAUGAACAUGCAGAACAAGCAGCAGCAGAAUAUGCACAUAGCUUCUUCUUUAUUUUUUACUAUUUUACAGAGAAUCACAAAGGAAAGCACUCUCAAAUGCAUAUGAGAAUUGUGCACAAACUACUCAUCUACUUGUGUGAUGAGAGGUUUUAUUAUUUGGCAGCAGGAAGUAGUCAGAACUGUCACAACUGCAGCACUGCUUUUUUUGGUCAAAUUUAGAACUACAUGAAAAAUGUAUCAUUUAUAAAACUAUCAUUCACAUGAUCAAAUAUUUAUAUUUUAUAUGUAAAUAUGUAUAGUGUAUAUGUAACAUUUAUACUGAGUACUAAAUGUAAUUAAUAUUAUUUUUUCUUUGAUACAUAUCUUGUAUCAAAUAGACGGUCUCAGAGGUUCACCACUGACAAUAACUAAUCUGGGCCCUGCUGGUUAUAUUUGGUUUUGAAUUUUAAAUGAAAAAAAUAAAUCAAAAAAUGUAUUCCCAA